AUGGCUGUGGCUGACCCCUCCCCACAGGCCACUGCCCUGCCCCCACUGGGGAGGUUUGGGCUGCAAGAGCCAGAGGCCCUGGGGAUGCUGUUCCUCCCAAGCUCAGUGGCCCCAGUUCAGAGGAUUGAUCUCACUGUUCAACAGAGAGUUCAUACUGGAGAGAGACCCUUUCAAUGUAAUGAAUGUGGAAAAGCCUUCAGCUUUCGAGGAAACCUUAUUGUACAUCAGAGAACUCACCCCAGAUAGAAACCUUUUCUAUGUGAUGAAUGUGGGAAAGGCUUUAGUAGGAGGUCCCAUCAAGAUUUACUUACUGUACAUCAGAGAACUCACCCUGGAGAGAAACCCUUUGUGUGUAAGGAAUGUGGGAAAGGUUUUAGUCAGAGAAACAAUCUCACCAUUCAUCAGAGAAUUCAUACAGGAGAAAAACCCUUUGAAUGUGAGGAAUGUGGAAAAGCGUUCAGCCAGAAACAAUACCUUACUGAUCAUCAGAGAAUUCACACUGGAGAGAAACCCUUUGUAUGUAAGCAAUGUGGAAAAGGAUAUAAGUAUAAGAACAAUCUCACUAUUCAUCAGAGAGUUCACACGGGAGACAAACCCUUUGUGUGUAAUGAGUGCAGAAAAGCCUUCAGCCAUCCAGAAUGCCUUACUGUACAUCAGAGAACUCACACUGGAGAGAAACCAUUUGUAUGUAAGCAAUGUGGGAAAGAUUUUAGUCAGAGGAACAAUCUCACUAUUCAUCAGAGAGUUCAUACUGGAGAGAAACCCUUUGUAUGUAAGCAAUGUGGGAAAGGUUAUAGGCAGAAGAACAAUCUCACUAUUCAUCAGAGAGUUCAUACUGGAGAGAAACCCUUUGUAUGUAAUGAGUGUGGGAAAGGCUUUAGUAGGAGGUCUAGCCUUAUUACUCAUCAGAAAAUUCAUACUGGAGAGAAACAGAAUUUGGUGAAGUAGAGAGAUUUCAGAGAGGAACUACCCUUCACUGUCACCAUAGAAUUCAUAUGAUUCUGGCAACUCAGUAGGAGAAAAAUCUAUUCUUCCUAAAAUAGUUCUUCGUGGCUCUUUUUGGUUAACAUGCCACCUGCACUUCUCAACCUGAGCCUUUUUCAUCCCCUCCUAAUCCAACACAUGAAAAAACGGACAUUGUCUGGGUUGUUUCACAUUGAGUUCAACAUACUUGUAAAGAAGAGGGGAUGAAGUACCAUGGUCUUCCCUCAGAAUUUGAUUUGGUUUUUAUAACUUCUUUAGUCUGAUUUCUAAUGUAUUG